CUGUCAAAUUAUUCUCUUCGUAAAUCUGUCCCCGCAUACAUCCUCGUGCACCAAUCAAUAUUUCCCAUUUUUUUUUCCACGUCUUUUGCAAUACCGUACGACCAACGCUUUCUUUCCCCCCCCCCUCUAGUUAGUUCGCCUGUUGGUCUCCAUUCUAUGGUCUGCAAUGUCGUUUUCGUUUUCCUGCGCGCAUUGCAUGUCCAAGCCGUUGCAAUCUUAAAACCGUCGAAAUAUACACGUGACAAAAGGCCCGCGGACAACAACUUAAGAAUAAUAUGUAAUCGAAGCAGAGUGCGCCGCGUGUAUUGAGAAUACGGUAAUAAAUAAGAUAGCGGAAACGUGUCAAUCCGGAAAAUUAGAGGAUUUCAGUAUGGAGCCGGCAAAUACUAACGAAAAGGUUAACAGGAAGGUUUAAUUAUUUUUCGAAACGAUCCAAAAAUAAUAUUUUGGACUACGUGAAUUUUCCCCAGUCUAUUUAGAUAUAUAUAUAUAUAUACACUUAGGGCAAUUAGGUACCUGUUUCAAAUAAGUAUUGUGGAAAUAUUAAUAUUCCGACUAAAAAUUCAUAAAAUACCGAAAGUUAUUACUACUGGUUACAAAUUUCAAAUUAUUUUAAAUAGUGCAAUGUUGUUAUCUCUGACUAGAUGGGCGUACAAUAUUAAGUGGUCUGUUUUCAAAUCGAUCGAAAAAUUUUUUCCGUUAAAAAAUAACAAAAAAAUCAAUCGAAAGUUGAUAAAUCAUCGAUUGGUUUCAAUCGAUUUCUACACGGUUGCUAAAUUUCUAAUCGAAAACGCUUUUUUUUCGAUUGAUCUCGGAAUAAGUCCUCG